AUGAUCGCAUGUGACGGCUGUGACCGCUGGUUCCACACUCGCUGUGUAGGAAUGUCUACUGCACCGAGGAAGGACAAGAAGUGGUUCUGCAAAGAUGUUACUUGUCAGGCAGUUAAUCAGGAGUACCAAAAGCAGAAGAAGGCUGCAUCGCGCACGAAGAAAAUUGCAGAAGAGUAUGAUAAGUUGUCAACCAAGUCGUCUGAUCGUGUGCCGCCGUCUCUGCCGCCGGGCGUGGAAGAAAAACUACGAGAAAUGGAAGCGGAAAAUAAGCGGCUGGAGAAAGAAAUGGAUGCGGAGCUGUUGCUGCGCCGGAAAGAGAUGGAGAUGAAGAAUGCUCUGAAGGAGAGAAGGAUGAGGAUGGAGAAAGAUCUGCGUGAGAAAGAGCUGGAGAAGCAACGGCUGCUACGAGAGAAGGAGAUAGAAGAAAAGGAGAUCGAGCUUCAAAGAGAGUUACAAGAGAAGGAAGCACACCUGAUCCGAAUACAAGAAAUGGAGAAGAUGUACCGGGAAAGAAUGUUGGCCGUUGAUAAGCAGUUGUACGACGCUGAUGGAUCCACAAGUAAGCAGAAGAAACAUGUUCCGAAAACAAUUAGUGUUGCAGCGGGCCCGUCGGGUGCAUUCAUAACGCCAGUGCUCGGGAAGCUUACAGAGGCAAACGUAAAGCGCUUCGUAGAACAGAAGGAAGAAAGCAGCGAAGAGGAGGAAGAAGACAGUUCCAGCAGUAGCAGCGAAACGACCAUCAGCAAAGGGAGUGGCAAAGAAAAUGGAGGAGUAGGACGUCAAUGUCAUGGACCGAAUCGGGUUCAAAUACUCGCUAGGAGUGGAUACACGAAGAAGUUUCCUACUUUUCUGUUGCUACAAAGCCAUUUGGACAGAGUACGCAAGCUUGACUCACCAAGAUCGGAUAAAUUAGCUUCGUUUAUACCUUUCGGAAACGCAGUAGAACAGCUUUGUGAGCACCUAGAGGCAGCAGAUCUCACACUUCAUCUGGUGAAUCCAGUUCUGAUCCAGGAUCUGGUUAGCAAACUACCAGACGGAGAAAAGCGACAAUGGGUGCAAUACAAGAAGAAGAAGAAGGUUGUGACACUGCGAACGUUUACGGACUUCAUUUCCGGAAUUGUAUCGGACGCCUGCGAGGCAAAUGUUAGCUUCGAUUAUAAGCCGGAAACCAAGUCAACAGCUGGUGCAGGUGGAAGAAACAAGCAGAAGGCACUUUAUAGCCAUAGUGAGCCUAAUCGGAGUUCUCCUAUAUCGGAUGCCAGUCGAAGGAAACAAAAGUCAUGCCGGGUAUGCCAGCGAGAUGAUCACCGCUUGCGCUUCUGCCAGGAUUUCCGGGACCUACCGUAUGUGGACAAGAUGAAAGUGGUGACCAAAUGGAAACUGUGUCACACAUGCCUUAACGAUCACAGUGGCCAGUGCCGCUUCAAGAUUCGUUGUACUGUAGACGUAGUUGGUAUGAGCGCACAUAUAAGAACCGCAAACUCUAUGGUGUUUCGGAUGAUUCCGAUACAGCUGCAUUGUGGGGAAAGAUCAAUAACGGUACUUGCCUUUUUGGACGAGGGCGCUUCCGUGACGCUGAUCGAGAACGAUGUGGCGGAGCGACUGGGACUCACCGGAGUAAGAGAGAAAUUGACCAUCAACUGGACUUCUGAUAUCUAUCGCGUGGAGAAAAAUUCAAUGCGGAUGAAUGUGUGGAGUUCUGCAGUAGGAGUGAAAAGUACAGAAAAGUUCCUGCUACAUACUGUUAACACGGUCGAAAAGCUGAUGCUGCCGCAUCAGACCCUAAACGCCGCUGAGCUAACGGCGCAAUACAAGCACAUGCGCGAUCUACCGAUCGCAUCAUACGAUGGUCGACCAGGUUUACUGAUUGGGAUAAACAACAUCCACACGUUUGCUCCAAGGGAAGCAAGGAUCGGAACGACCCAAGAGCCAAUAGCGGUUCGUUGCAAGCUUGGGUGGACUGUGUACGGUCCGCGGCAGACAACCUCGGCUUCAGGAGGCUUCCUGGGUUACCACCAAAAAAUAUCCAACGAAGACCUUCAUGACAUUCUUAAGAAUCACUACGCACUGGAAGAGUCGGUGAUAAAAGUUCGAAAUGAGUCGGUCGAUGAUCGACGGGCUCGGGAGAUUAUGGAACAUACCACGAAGCGAGUGGGAAAUCGUUUUGAAACGGGGCUUCUUUGGAAAAUGGAUGAAAUACAUUUUCCAGACAGCUAUCUCAUGGCGACGAAGCGAAUGAAGCAGUUGGAGAACAGAUUGUAUAAAUCGCCGGAGUUAUUCCAAAACGUCCGACGACAAAUAGAAGAGUAUCAGGAGAAAGGGUACGCCCAUCUUGCGACCAAGGAAGAGCUGGCUCAUACUGCGCCAGACAAAGUGUGGUAUCUGCCACUAAAUGUCGUCGUAAAUGCGAAAAAGCCCAGUAAAGUCCGGCUAAUAUGGGACGCAGCUGCAACGGUUCAUGGAGUUUCGCUCAACUCGAUGUUGCUGAAGGGGCCCGACCUACUAGCGCCACUGGUAUCAGUGAUAACCGGUUUCCGUGAGAAAAAGGUCGCAUUCGGUGGGGAUAUCAGGGAAAUGUAUCAUCAGCUGAAGAUCAUUUCUCGUGACAAGCAGGCCCAACGAUUCCUGUUCCGGAACAAUCAUAGUGAUGAGCCAAGGAUUUAUGUAAUGGACGUCGCUACAUUUGGCUCGACAUGUUCGCCCGCAUCAGCACAGUUCGUGAAGAACCAAAACGCGGCCGAUUAUGCGCUGCAAUACCCUGAAGCGGCAGCGGCCAUUGUUUAUCGGCACUACGUUGACGAUUAUUUUGACAGUGUCGACACAAUCGAGGAAGCGAUACAACGAGCAAAAGAAGUGAGAUAUAUCCACAAACAAGCUGGUUUCGACAUUCGCAACUGGGUGUCUAAUUCGCCCGAGUUUCUUUCAGCACUGGGAGAAGCAAAGUCUCCGGGCCCGGUUGUUUUCCAGCAAGACAAACAAUCAUCAGGCGAAAGAGUUCUCGGAGUUAUAUGGGAUGUAGAGUCAGACAUGUUUGCAUUUUCCGUUACUCAUCGUGCAGAAGUUAAGGAGUAUUUGUUCAAAGGCAAGCGACCAACCAAGCGUAUCGUAUUGAGCUGUGUCAUGGGACUUUUUGACCCUCUGGGAUUGCUAUCACCUUUCACGAUACAUGGCAAAGUCAUUAUACAACAUCUUUGGCGAAAUGGUUGUGAAUGGGAUCAAGAGAUCAACGAGCAAGGUUGGAGUUUGUGGAAAGAGUGGACUGCGCUAUUGCCCGAAGUUGAAGCAUUUCGAGUUCCUAGAUGCUAUCUGGGAGACGCUUCAAGUUCGUCAGUUGAAUCAAUUGAGUUGCAUAUUUUCACCGAUGCUAGCGAACACGCAUAUGGAUGCGUGUCGUAUUUACGUACAAUUGCUAACGGCGUGGUAAGAUGCAGUUUAGUGAUGUCCCGAGCUAAAGUGGCACCAUUGAAGCGGCAAUCCAUUCCCCGUCUCGAGCUGAUGGCAGCUGUACUUGGGGCACGAAUGAAGCAAACCGUCGUAGAAUCUCAUUCUCUGCCGAUCAGUCGCACCAUCCUAUGGACAGAUUCUCGAACUGUAUUGUCUUGGUUACAGUCUGACCAACACAAAUUCAAGCAGUUUGUCGCGUUCAGAAUAGGCGAAAUUUUGGACGUAACCCACAUGCGAGACUGGAGAUGGGUACCGACAAAGCAGAAUAUCGCGGAUGUACUUACGAAGUGGGGACACGGCCCCCCUUUGCAAAACGAUUCUCAAUGGGUACACGGUCCGUCUAUAUUAUACCAAUCGAGCGAUCAGUGGGCCCUUGAAGAACAGAUCGAAGAAACACUGGAGGAAACCAGAGGUGCUAUGUUUUGCCACGCUGUGAUCGAUGCGGUUAAUAUUUCUAGUUGGACUAAACUGUUGCGUGUGACAGCAACCGUGCUGCGAUUCGCUUCCAACUGUCGACGUAAAAAAGAUGGUCGGCCUAUUGCAGUUUCCCAGCGUACAGAACAUCAACGUCGGCUGGUCAAGACUGGAUAUCUGGCGGAAACGAAAAUUCUUCAACAAGAAGAGCUUCAAAGAGCAGAAACGGUUUUAUGGCGGCAGGCUCAGUUUGAAAGCUUUCCGGAGGAAAUGGAUAUACUGGAAAAAAAUUUACAGCGGAGUACUGGCCAGCCAGUGGAGAAGAUUGGAAAGUCGAGCAGUUUGUACAAGCGUUCUCCGGCGCUAGAUGAAAAAGGAGUCAUGCGAGUAAGAGGCAGGUUAGAGAGAAACGAAGCACUGCCUUUCGACAAGCGAUUCCCGAUAAUCCUAUCUGGAAAUCAUGAGAUUACCAAGAAACUGAUUUUGCAUUUUCACAAUAAAUUUGCGCAUGCAAAUAGGGAGACGGUUUUUAACGAACUGAGGCAGAAGUUCUGGAUACCUAAAGCACGUGCUGCAAUCAAGAAGGCGACAAAAGAAUGUAUGUGGUGCAAGGUAAAUCGCUGCGUACCCAGUGUCCCAAUGAUGGCACCUCUUCCGGUUCAACGUAUCACAUCUCAUUCCCGACCCUUCAGUGCAGUGGGUGUGGAUUAUCUUGGUCCGGUUGAAGUUACAGUGGGACGAAGGAAAGAGAAAAGAUGGAUCGCCGUUUUCACAUGCAUGGCAGUGAGAGCUGUACAUCUUGAGGUCGUCCAUACUUUGACUACGCAAUCCUGUCUAAUGGCCUUCAGAAGAUUCGCAUGCAAGCGAGGAGUUCCCGAACAAAUCUUUUCGGACAAUGCAACGUGUUUCCGUGGGGCGGAGGCAGUGAUAACGAAGAAGAUAAAUAAUGAGUGUGCCGAAAAGGUAACAUCGGCGGCGACUAUUUGGCAUUUCAACCCUCCUGGAACACCGCACAUGGGUGGCGUCUGGGAGCGAAUGGUGCGGUCCGUCAAAGAAGCUUUGCGAGCGCUCGAAGAUGGACGUAAACUAACGGAUGAAAUCCUCUCAACAACAUUAGCCGAAGCUGAGGACAUUAUUAACACACGUCCGUUAAUAUACAUCCCACAAGAAUCAUCUGACGAAGAAGCUAUCACACCAAACCACUUUCUCCGCGGCAUGAUAACAAGUGCGGACAUGCGGGUUGAUGAUUCAGUAGAUCAGGCUGAAGCACUGAAAGAUGUCUACAAAAGGUCACAAUAUUUAGCCAACAAGAUGUGGGAACGUUGGUCGAAGGAGUAUCUGCCAAGCUUAAACCAUCGGCCGAAGUGGUUUGACGACCACAAGCAGCUAGAAGUUGGAGAUCUGGUAUUCAUAGUCGAUGGGAAAAAUCGGAAAAGCUGGAUACGAGGAAGGGUUCAAAACGUAAUUCAAGGAGCUGAUGGAAGGAUUCGACAAGCAGACGUUAGGACGGCCAACGGUAAGGUGCAUCGUCGUGCUGUAGUGAAUCUGGCGGUGUUCGAAAUACAGUCAGUUUAUUAUCAAUCUUCGUGA